GCUGCUGCUGCUGCUGCUGCUGCUUGCGCUCGGCUGGCAUCGCCUGAUUUCCGCAUUCCCAAAUCCUCCCAGCCUGGGAUCACGUUUGAAACAAUCGGGCUGAUGCAACGGUUCCCACUUUUUAAAAUCUACGCUCGACCCUCGGCCGAGCAGAAGAAAGGACAUUUGUUGCACCUGGGAUCCAAGUCAGCUGUGGUCACGACCGAGUCUGACGCGAUGCCAGGACAAAUCCCAGAUCCCUGUGUGACAGCAGGCUCCCUGCCCAGCCUGGGCCCGCUGGCCGGGAUCUCAGCCACCACGCUGACUGACAAGCUCAAAUUUAGUGACCUCCAGGAGUUUGGGACGAUGCUCUCACCACUGCACUUCCUGGACAGUCUGGGGAAAAGGCCCCUAGUCAUCAAAACAGAGAGGGAUGAUGACAACGAUAGGAGGAAACGAAGGCGAGAGAAGAACAAAGUGGCUGCAGCUCGAUGUCGGAACAAAAAGAAAGAGAGGACAGAUUAUCUACAACAGGAGUCGGACCGACUAGAGAUGCUAAAUUCCGACCUGAAAGCGCAGAUUGAGGAGCUGAAGCAGGAGCGCCAGCAGCUCAUCCUCCUGCUCAACCGCCACCGGCCCACGUGCAUUGUCAGGACAGAUAGCGUGAAAACCCCGGAGAGCGAGGCGAACCCCCUGCUGCAGCAGCUGGAGGACAAGUGAAGGUGCGACGGGUUCGUGCUGAGAAGAAGCAGCCAACAAGCAGCACUUAGCUCCCUGGGCCUCGGUCCCGGAGGAGAACCAGCGGAGCCCUCAUACCUUAAAGACACGGAGCGUCACGGCACACUAUGAGGAUCCAGUAUGAUUGGAUGUUGCUAUGGCAGUUUAAUCAAACUUUUCUACUUCUCCCUCCUGCUUUUCCAUGUUGCUGUCAUUUUGGUCAUCGGCGCCAUUGUAAGUGUGAAGUUAAACAAAAACACUCAUCACGUUAUCUUACACUCAGCUUGUUGUUUUAUAGCAGAUUUUCUACUAUAUUUCCUCUUAACUUUAGCAAUUAGCCAAAACAGAAUAGAGUCAUUAUAGCCGUUGUCAGACAGGACCUCCGGAGGAUGUCCGGAGAAUUGGGUCCGGAGUUUCUCCGCAGUUUGCCUUUCACACAUGAACAACUCAGCAGGAGUUUCUCCGCUCGGACGCUUUAACAACAACAACAACAAAUCUGCAGGUAUUUCUGUGAGAGGCGGUGCAGAGGCAGGAUGUAACAUAUUCAUUCUGCUGCAGAGAUCACUUGUUUUUGUUUACAGCAUAUUGUAGACGGGCGUCUGCUUUCAUCCCCGAGAGCUUUCCACUCUUACUACACAACUUUUUCAUUUGCAGAUAUCUGUUUUCUUUUAGUUUUUGCGUGUGUAGACUCGUCAUCACAACAACCCCCACUCGCUCGCGGAGGAUCUCCUAAUGGGAUCUUACAUGUGCUCCUUCUGACUUUCUGCGGACUUUUUACUAAGGGUCAUUCCACAGAAAGUCGGGCAUUUACCUUCUCAAAAACCGCCUCUCCUGAGAAUGUCCGAAGGAUCUCUGUUGUUCAGUGCACGUCUGUAAGCAAUUUUACACUUUGUGGAAACAGCAAAAAAAUAAUUGGCUUUAAAAAAAAUCACAUGUUAAAGUCCACUCAAUAGUUUCAGUUAAUCACUUGAUGAUUUAUAUAGAAAUUAUUUACAUCUACUUCAAUACUACAUGAUUAUUUUUCUUGUUUUGGCUUUGUUAAAAUGCAUUCUGGGAAAUUUUAACUAAAAUUCAAUGAGACAAGGGCAAACAUGGGGAAAUGGGUAGGCCUUAUAGAUAUAUUGUAUUUUAACUAAAUCAACUUGUUAUAGCUACAGAUUGAGUAGUUAGUGUUUUCAUAUCAUUUUAGUUCUUUCAUAAAUUUGAAGACAAUUUGAUGGUAAUUGACCCCCCCACACCUCCCAUCCUACCCCCCCCCCCACACUUUUAUUCAUAUGUUUUGGCGCAGGC